ACAUCUCCACCUCGCACCACCAAUGUUUGAUUACACGUAUCCCUCGCCUUUCUGCGCCUCUCCCUUCAUCUCGCUCGACACACCGUGAGACACUACCAACGGAGGACUCAUGUCCCCACUCGCGCUGCCAGAGAUGGACCUCUCAAGCCCACUCUUCCAACUCCCUCAGCUCGCGCUCAGCCACGCUUGGAAGCGUGCGUUGUUGACGCCCUGGCGCCAGCUUCUGCUCCGUGCGCUUGGAAGCGGGCAGUCUGGGAAUCAUGAUGAAGAUCUCCGGCGACGUACUGCCGCUUUGCAAGGCCAAGGUAUGCUUCUUGGUCGAACUGAGACACGCUGUACAACAUACGAGAACCUCCAGCGUCCGUCCAUCAACUGGAUCAGGCGAAAAGCCACCCGGCUUGAAAGCGCCAUGUUCACUGCCUCCGAGCUUCACCCCUUACAAUCGAGAUUCUCAAACCGGUUCAUCACGGCCGUUAGAGGAUGCCAUUGCCGCCCUCCCACAGUUAAUGCGCUCGCUCCUUGUGGACCGCGGCGCCGUGCAUGUGGGGAUGGUCGUCUUAUCCGGAUAUCUCAGGCCGUAGAGCGCAGAAAGAGCAGAGGGCUCUGCUGCCUGCAGCCAGCUACGAUAAGGCGUUUGGCUCUUACGAUCCCAUAACCUCCCUUGUUGUCCGCGACGUGGCAGAAACACCUCCACACCUCCAUGCUCGUCGUGCGAGCA